GCAUUCAAUAUUGCUGUGAGUAAGGAGAAAUUAAACAGUGAUGAAGCUAAGGAAGUCUUAACCUGUGAAUUGACAAAAGCUGAAUUUGCUGAGGCGAUGUCAUUAAAAUCAAACUCACUAUUCGUGGAAAAGAUGUUUGAUUUAAUCGACAAAGAUCAAAAUGGUUAUGUGAACUUCCGAGAGUUCUUAGACAUGUUGGUGAUUUUCUCCAAAGGGUCUCCUGAAGACAGACUCAAACUCUUCUUUGAUAUGUAUGAUUUAGAUGGUAGUGGAAGAAUGACACGAGAGGAAUUCAAAAAGAUGAUCAAGUCAUUCCUUGAUAUUGUAAGUGCCUCUGUAGAGAUGGAGAAACUUGAUGAACUUGUUGACAGUAUGUUUGCUGAAGUCGGUUUCCAAAACAAGCAAGAUUUGACUUUUGAUGACUUUGAUCGUAUUAUGACAUCCUCAGGGCAUAAGGAUGAAUUGGCAGUAGCCAGUCUCAACUUUGCAGGCCCUGCAGCCAAUCUUGCAGUUGCUGAAGCUCAACAACAACAACAGCAACAAAUUGGACGUGGCAAAACUGUCAUCAAACGAGAGAAUGCUCCACAGAGAGCUAGGAAGACUAUUAUUCGUGCAUAUAGCCGUCCUGGAGAAGAAGAAAGGGCUCAGAAACAAAGAAAAUCUAACAAAUCUAUCCGUAUUGAGACGAAGAAGAAAGAAAUAUCUACCAACCCUGCGAUAAAGAAAUUCAAUGCUUUCAAACGUUAUAUUGAAAACUAUCGAAUGCACAUAUUCUGGAUGACAUUGUAUUUACUCGUUUUAUUGGGGAUAUUCAUUGAAAGGGCAUACUAUUACUCUGUUGAACGUGAGCAUGCUGGUUUACGUCGCAUUGCCGGAUAUGGUGUGACCGUUACACGUGGUGCUGCUAGUGCUCAGAUGUUUACGUACUCCACCUUACUGGUAACCAUGUGUCGAAAUACUAUUACAUUUUUACGGGACACAGUAUUGAAUCGUUAUAUUCCCUUUGAUUCGGCCAUCACUUUUCACAAAGUGGUCGCUAUGUUGGCUUUAUUCUUCACUUGUAAGUAUUCAAUUCAUGGACAUUAA